AUGAUGGACCAGGCGGUGUACGGCCACCAACAGACGCUGUUCAUUCCGAUCACGCACAACGCUCCUGGUGCAUCCAAAGACGCAGGUGUCUCCGUACUAUUCGUAUUCAACGCCGAGCUGAAGCCCCUCCGGAAUAAACUGUUCCUGAUGAAGCAGAAGGAUGCUGACGAGUACGCUGACAAUGUGGUUGGUGGUUCGGAGGAUGAUGACGUCUCGCGCUGGUCGUGUUGUUCGAGAGGCGUUAGCGGUCGUGCUGGACGUGCGGCUUUGUUGGCAAACGCGUUGGCGGGCGAGCAGGUCGUGCUGGAUGUGCUGUUUCUGAGGUUGAAGACCGCGUUGUCCGCCGUGUUUUCCGAGCCGUUCAGUCUAUGA